CGAGUCCCCGACCCUCUCUCUCUCUGUAUAAACCUCGGCUCUCCCCGUCCCCUUUCCUCUUCCCCACUCGAAACCCCGCACUCCUCGAACAGGUGCGACGCUUCCUCUCCCUCUCGGGAGGAGGAGCUCGGCGAGGAGAGAGAAAACCAAAACCCUAACCAAGACGACGACGACGACGAAGACGACGACGACUCAUCCUCAUCCCCUUCCUCCUCCGCCUUCUUAAACCCUAGGUAGGGUUUCCCUCCGCCAUGGCGCCCAUCCUCAACUACGAGCAACACGCCCAGCGCCUCAUCGAGCCCGAUCUCCCUGCGCAGGUGCGGCUGCAGAUGGUGAUGGAGGUGCGGGACAACCUGGAGAUUGCGCACACGUCGGAGUACCUGAACUUUCUGAAAUGCUACUUCCGGGCGUUCUCCGCGAUCCUGGAGCAGCUGACGACGCCGCAGUGGGCAGAGAGCGCAGAGCACAAGCUCCGCAAUGUCGUGGUGGAGAUCCUCAACCGCCUCCCCCACAGCGAGGUGCUCCGCCCUUUUGUUCAGGACCUUCUCAAGCUCUCCCUUCAUGUACUCACCCACGACAAUGAGGACAAUGCCCUCAUCUCCAUUCGCAUCAUAUUCGACCUCCUCCGCAACUUCCGCCCCACUGUUGAAUCUGAGGUCCAGCCCUUCCUCGACUUUGUCUGCAACAUCUACCGCAACUUCCCCGCCACCGUCAACCACUUCUUUAACAAUCCCAACCCUAACCCGAACCCUAGUAACCCUAAUCCCCCUAGCAGUUCUAAUCCCACUAACUCUAGCAUCAUACCUGGUGGGGACGAUGGUGGCGGGCCUGGGUUGAUCGGGCCGUUCAUUGGGUCUGCACAGCUCAACCCUAGCACCCGGUCGUUCAAGAUCGUCACAGAGAGCCCCCUUGUUGUGAUGUUCCUCUUCCAGCUUUAUACUAAGCUUGUACAGACUAACAUACCCUACCUCUUGCCUCUCAUGGUUACCGCAAUCUCCAUCCCGGGACCUGACAAGGUUCCGGCCCAUCUCAAGACCCAGUUCAUUGAGUUGAAAGGUGCACAGGUUAAGACGCUAUCAUUCUUGACAUACUUGCUGAAGAGUUACGCCGACUACAUCAGGUCUCAUGAGGACAGUAUCUGCAAGAGCAUUGUAAACUUGUUGGUUACGUGUCCUGACUCUGUCUCCAUCAGAAAGGAACUGCUGAUAGCAUUGAAGCAUGUCCUCAACUCGGACUUUAGACGGGGAUUGUUUCCUUUGAUUGACACUCUUCUAGAAGAGAGGGUUCUGAUUGGCACAGGUCGAGUUUGUAUUGAGACAUUAAGACCGCUGGCUUACAGUCUUCUUGCAGAGAUGGUUCAUUAUGUUCGAGGAGACCUUUCCCUUCCUCAGUUGUCUCGGAUUAUCUAUUUGUUCUCAAGAAACAUGCAUGAUUCGUCCUUGACCCUUGUCAUUCAUACAACUUGUGCUCGUCUGAUGCUUAAUCUGGUGGAGCCUAUAUACGACAAAGGUGUUGACCAAGCAAGCAUGGAUGAAGCGCGGAUUUUAUUGGGACGCAUUUUGGAUGCUUUUGUUGGUAAAUUUGGAACUUUCAAGCGUACAAUCCCUCAGCUUCUUGAAGAAGGCGAGGAAGGGAAAGAGCGUUCCAAUUUGAGGAUGAAACUUGAAGUUCCCAUACAGGCUGUUCUCAAUUUACAAGCCCCAUUGGAACAUUCUAAGGAAGUAAAUGAUUACAAAAAUCUCAUAAAGACUCUCGUUAUGGGAAUGAAAACAAUUAUCUGGAGCAUCACCAAUGCCCAUAUGUCGCGCCCACAGGUCUCUCCACCAUCACAUGGUGUGCAUCAGCAAGUUCAGAUUUCCCCAUCUUCCAAUAUGCCACUUCCCUUUAAAGGACUGCGGGAGGAUGAGGUUCGCAAAGCUUCAGGUGUUCUAAAGAGUGGCGUUCACUGCUUGGCUCUCUUUAAGGAAAAAGAUGAAGAUAGGGACAUGUUGCAGUACUUUUCGCAGAUAUUGGCUAUAAUGGAACCACGAGACUUAAUGGACAUGUUCUCAUUGUGUAUGCCAGAACUGUUUGAUUGCAUGAUAACAAAUACUCAGUUGCUUCACAUAUUUUCCACCCUUCUGCAAGCUCCGAAGGUCUUAAGGCCAUUUACAGAUGUUCUGAUCAAUUUUCUUGUUAGCAGUAAACUCGAUGCUCUAAAGCAGCCAGACACACCAGCAGCAAAACUUGUCUUACAGCUAUUCAGGUUCUUAUUUAUUGCUGCUGCCAAGGCUUCAACAGAGUGCGAACGAAUUUUGCAACCUCACAUACCUGUAAUAAUGGAGGCUUGCAUGAAGAAUGCUACUGAAGUUGAAAAGCCUCUUGGUUAUAUGCAUCUUCUUCGCAAUAUGUUUCGUUCACUGAAUGGUGCAAAGUUUGAUACCCUGCUGCGUGAUCUCAUACCAUCCCUCCAGCCCUGUUUGAAUAUGUUGCUAUCGAUGCUUGAGGGGCCUACAGGUGAAGAUAUGAGGGACCUCACCAUAGAGCUUUGCCUAACUUUGCCUGCUCGGUUGAGUUCCUUGCUUCCCCACAUUCCUCGUCUCAUGAAGCCGUUAGUUUUGGCUCUUAAAGGAAGUGGCGAUCUUGUGAGUUUAGGUCUACGGACACUUGAGUUCUGGAUUGACAGUCUGAACCCUGACUUUUUGGAGCCAAGUAUGGCGAAUGUUAUGUCCGAGGUUAUUCUUGCCCUCUGGUCUCACUUAAGGCCCUUACCUUACCCGUGGGGUACAAAGGCCUUGCAGUUGUUAGGUAAGCUUGGUGGCCGGAACAGACGAUUUCUUAAGGAACCCCUUGCUCUUGAAUGCAAAGAAAAUCCUGAACAUGGGCUUCGCUUGAUUCUCACAUUCGAACCUUCGACACCAUUUUUAGUGCCUCUGGACCGUUUCAUACACCUUGCUGUGGCUGCUGUCAUGCAGAGUGGUGGCAUGGAUGCUUUCUACAAGAAGCAGGCUCUUAAGUUUCUUCGAGUCUGCUUGGUGUCGCUGCUGAAUUUACGUGGAAAUGUGACAGGUGAGGGAGUCAUGCCUGGUAUGCUUGGGUCAUUAUUAAUUUCUUCUGUAGAUCCUUCAUCUCGUCGUACAGAAACUUCAGAUAUGAAGGUUGAUUUGGGUGUGAAGACAAAGACUCAACUGAUGGCCGAAAGAUCUGUUUUUAAAACACUUCUGGUUGCCACUAUUGCAGCAACUGCUGAUCCUGAGCUUCAGGAUGCAAAAGACGAAUUUGUCAUUAAUGUUUGCCGUCAUUUUGCAAUGCUUUUCCAUGUUGAUAGUUCUUUGCCAUCCAGUUCCUCAGUCACAUUCGGACAGCAUGUCGGAUCUUCGCUCUCAUCAAGUGGUAACACUGGCAACAGAUUAAGAAGCAGUACUACUUCCAAUCUCAAGGAGUUGGACCCUCUAAUCUUUUUGGAUGCAGUGGUGGAUGUACUCUCCAGCGAAAAUCGAAAUCAUGCUAAGGCUGCACUCAAUUGUUUGAAUAUUUUUGCUGAAACUCUUUUGUUUCUUGCAAGAGCAAAGCAUGCUGGUACAGUAAGGGGCGGCCCUGGUACUCCUAUGAUGGUAUCAAGUCCAUCUCUAAAUCCCGUAUAUUCACCUCCCCCUAGUGUCAGGGUUCCUGUAUUUGAGCAGCUCUUGCCUCGUCUUUUGCAUUGCUGUUAUGGUACUUCUUGGCAAGCUCAAAUGGGAGGUGUUAUGGGCCUUGGAGCUUUAGUUGGGAAAGUCUCUGUUGAGACUUUAUGCAUUUUCCAAGUGAGAAUUGUGCGUGGUCUUAUUUACGUUCUUAAAAGGCUACCUAUCCAUGCUAAUAAAGAGCAAGAAGAGACAAGCCAGGUUCUUACACAGGUUCUUCGAGUAGUGAAUAAUGUUGAUGAAGCAAAUAGUGAACCACGCCGGCAGAGCUUUCAGGGAGUUGUUGAAUUUUUUGCUAUCGAACUUUUUAAUCCAAAUGCUUCUACUGUUGUGAGAAAGAAUGUGCAGUCAUGCUUGGCACUGCUUGCUAGCAGAACAGGCAGUGAAGUGUCUGAGUUGCUCGAGACUCUUUAUCAACCAUUCCUUCAACCUCUCAUUACACGACCUCUGCGUUCCAGAAAUGUUGAGCAGCAGGUGGGUACAGUUACUGCUUUGAAUUUUUGCCUUGCCUUGAGGCCACCUCUUCUGAAAUUAAGUCCAGAGCUUGUCAAUUUCUUACAAGAAGCAUUACAAGUUGCUGAGGCUGAUGAGACAGUGUGGGUAACAAAGUUGAUGAGCCCCAAAAUAGUCCUGACAUUUAACAAACUUAGAACAGCGUGUAUUGAGCUGCUUUGUACUGCAAUGGCUUGGGCAGAUCUUAAAACACCUGCUCACGCUGAGCUACGGUCUAAGAUCAUAUCAAUGUUUUUCAAGUCUCUCACCUGUCGGACACCAGAGAUCGUUGCUGUUGCAAAGGAAGGGCUACGGCAGGUUAUUCAGCAGCAAAGGAUGCCAAAGGAUCUGUUGCAAAGUAGCCUUCGGCCUAUUUUAGUCAACUUGGCACACACGAAAAGCCUAACCAUGCCCUUGCUACAGGGGUUGGCUCGUCUUCUUGAACUUUUGGCAAACUGGUUUAAUGUCACUUUGGGUGGUAAAUUAUUCGACCACUUAAAGAAAUGGCUAGAACCUGAAAAGCUUGCUCAGAGUCAGAAGUCGUGGAAACCUGGGGAUGAACCAAAGGUUGCUGCAGCUAUGAUUGAGCUUUUCCAUCUUCUACCUCAGGCAGCUGGAAAGUUUUUAGAUGAACUUGUGACUCUAGUAAUUGAUCUGGAAGGGGCACUUCCACCAGGACAAUUCUAUAGUGAAAUUAACAGUCCUUAUCGUCUUCCGCUUACGAAAUUUCUAAACCGCUAUGCAACUGAUGCUGUUGAUUAUUUUCUUGCUCGCUUAAGUCAUCCAAAGUAUUUUAGAAGGUUUAUGUAUAUAAUCUGUUCAGAUGCCGGCCAGCCGUUGCGAGAGGAACUUUCAAAAUCGCCGCAAAAAAUUCUCACAAAUGCUUUUCCUCAGUUUGUUCCGCAAGCUGAAGGAUCUGCAGCACAGCCUUCUUCAAUGAAUAAUGAAGGCCUCACAGGCCCCAUCUCAGACAGUUUUGCUAGUCAACCUUCAUCAAGUGCAGCUACAUCUUCUGAUGGUUAUUUUCAUGGGCUUGAGCUUAUCUCCACCCUUGUGAAAUUGAUGCCUGACUGGCUGCAUAACAAUCGUGUGGUCUUUGAUACCUUGUUACUUGCUUGGAAGUCACCUGCGAGAAUUGCUCGACUACAAAAUGAACAAGAACUUAGUUUGCUUCAGGUGAUGGAAAGUAAGUGGCUUGUAAAAUGCUUCCUGAAUUAUCUAAGGCAUGAUAAAACUGAAGUUGGUGCUCUUUUUGACAUGCUAUCAAUAUUCUUGUUCCACAGCCGUAUUGAUUACAGUUUUCUCAAGGAAUUUUAUGUCAUUGAGGUUGCUGAAGGAUAUGCUCCCAACUUAAAGAAAGCAAUUCUCACACAUUUCUUAAGUAUUUUCCAGUCAAAACAGUACGGACAAGAUCAUUUGGUUGUUGCCAUGCAAAUACUUAUACUUCCAAUGUUAGCACACUCUUUUCAAAAUGGCCAAAGUUGGGAAGUUGUUGAUCCUUCCAUUAUAAAAACCAUUGUUGAGAAGCUUCUUGAUCCCCCUGAGGAGGUAAGUGCGGAGUAUGAUGAGCCUCUCAGAAUAGAACUUCUGCAGCUUGCCACCUUACUGUUGAAGUAUCUACAAAAUGAUCUUGUACAUCAUCGGAAGGAGCUCAUAAAAUUUGGAUGGAAUCAUCUCAAGCGGGAAGAUAAUUCUAGUAAACAGUGGGCUUUUGUCAAUGUCUGCCACUUCUUGGAGGCAUAUCAAGCUCCUGAGAAGAUUAUUCUUCAGGUUUUUAUCGCUUUACUGAGAACUUGCCAGCCAGAAAACAAGUUGCUGGUCAAACAAGCUCUUGAUACACUCAUGCCUGCUCUGCCUCGAAGAUUGCCUCCUGGAGAUACUCGUGUGCCAAUAUGGAUUCGAUACACAAAGAAAAUUCUUGUUGAAGAAGGCCAUUCAAUCCCUAACAUGAUUCACAUUUUCCAGCUUAUAGUACGCCAUUCUGACCUCUUCUAUAGUUGCAGAGCACAGUUUGUUCCUCAGAUGGUUAACUCUCUUAGUCGGUUAGGGUUGCCGUACAACACAACCCCAGAAAACCGACGUCUUGCCAUUGAGCUUGCUGGAUUAGUAGUUGCCUGGGAAAGGCAAAGGCAGAAUGAAAUGAAGGUCGUACAAGAAACCGACGUCCAUAAUCAGAUGACUGAAUUAUUUAAUCCUACUGCUGUUAGUGCUGAUUCAAAGCGCCCGUCGACGGAUGUUUCUGCAUUCCCUGAUGAUUUGAGUAAGCGGGUAAAAGUUGAGCCAGGUCUGCAGUCUCUCUGUGUUAUGUCACCAAGUGGUCCAUCCUCUAUUCCAAACAUUGAAACACCAGGAUCAAGCGGCCAACCUGAUGAGGAGUAUAAACCUAAUGCUGCAAUGGAGGAGAUGAUUAUCACUUUUCUCAUAAGGGUCGCACUGGUGAUAGAACCUAAAGAUAAGGAAUCUACCUCGAUGUACAAGCAAGCUCUAGACCUACUUACUCAAGCUUUAGAAGUCUGGCCAAAUGCCAAUGUUAAGUUCAAUUAUUUGGAGAAGUUGCUUGGAAAUCUAACACCUUCCCAGUCUAAGGACCCAGCAACGGCUCUUGCUCAGGGCCUUGAUGUCAUGAACAAAGUUUUGGAGAAGCAGCCCCGUCUUUUCAUCCGGAAUAACAUUAAUCACAUUUCUCAGAUACUAGAGCCCUGCUUCAAUAAUAAGAUGAUGGAUGCUGGAAAGUCGCUUUGUUCCUUACUGAAAAUGGUCGUCAGUGCUUUUCCGGUUGAAGCUACUACUACGCCGCAGGAAGUAAAGAUGUUAUAUCAAAGAGUUGCCGAGCUCAUUCAAAAGCAUCUGGCUGCUGUGACAACUCCUCAGAUAUCACUUGAAGUUAGCAAUGCCAACUCUAUCAUAAGCUUUUCUCUUUUUAUUCUUAAAUCCCUUGCAGAAGUACAGAAGAACUUUGUUGAUCCGUUCAUUCCUUUACUGCUCCGAGUCCUCCAACGCCUUGCACGAGACAUGGGAUCUUCUGCUGGUUCUCAUAUUAGACAAGCGCAGAGGGCUGAUAUAGAUUCCUCAGCCAGUUCACGUGCCACAGCUGACUCUUCUACCAUCAUUUCUAACAUGAAAUGCCUCUUACAACUAAUUAGCGAAAGGGUCAUGCAAUCAGCUGAAUAUAAACGGCAAAUAGGCCAAAUUCUUCAUGCUCUUCUUUCAGAGAAAGGGACAGACACCAGUGUGCUUUUGUGCAUACUCGAUACAGUAAAGAAAUGGAUUGAGGAUGACUAUAAGCUUGCUCCUUCUGGUGCUUCAUCUGCAACUCUUACUCAGAAGGAGAUAGUAUCUUAUCUUCAGAAGCUAUCACUAGUUGACAGGAAAAACUUCACUCCUGCUGCACUAGAAGAGUGGGAUGAGAAGUAUUUGCAGCUUCUAUAUGGAGUUUGUGCCGAUUCAACCAAGUUUCCAUUGACCCUUCGCCAAGAAGUAUUUCAAAAGGUUGAAAGGCAAUUCAUGCUUGGGCUACGAGCGAAGGAUCCAGAAGUUAGACAGCGGUUCUUCAUGCUUUACCAUGAAUCCCUUGGAAAAACCUUAUUUGCGAGGCUUCAGUUUAUCAUUCAAAUUCAGGACUGGGAAGCUGUAAGUGAUGUUUUCUGGCUGAAGCAGGGUCUUGAUCUUAUCUUGGCUAUCUUAGUAGAGAAUGAGCCGAUCACUCUUGCCCCAAAUUCCGCACGAGUACCUCCACUAAUGGUACGGGGAGUUGGUCCGGAACGUUCGCCAAUGCAGCAGCAGCAGCAGGCAACUGAUCCAGCAGAUUGUUCAGACGGUGCUUCACUUUCAUUUGACUCUCUUACAGCAAAGCAUGCCCAAUUCUUAACUGAGAUGUGCAAGCUUCAGGUUGCCGAUCUUGUGAUUCCCUUGAGGGAACUUGCAUAUACAGAUGCCAAUGUUGCAUACCACAUCUGGGUCUUAGUCUUCCCUAUUGUUUGGGUUACUCUACAGAAAGAAGAACAAGUGGCAUUGGCUAAGCCAAUGAUUGCUCUUUUGUCGAAAGAUUACCACAAAAGGCAGCAAGGAAGCAGACCUAAUGUCGUGCAAGCUCUUCUCGAAGGGCUUCACCUGAGCCACCCUCAACCUCGAAUGCCAAGUGAGCUCAUCAAAUACAUAGGUAAAACAUUUAAUGCAUGGCAUAUCUCCCUGGCGCUUCUGGAGAACCACGUUAUGCUCUUCAUGAAUGAGGCCAAAUGUUCUGAAUCACUAGCUGAGCUUUAUCGGCUUCUUAAUGAAGAAGACAUGAGGUGUGGGUUAUGGAAGAGAAGAUCGAUCACUGCCGAAACAAGAGCUGGGCUUUCGCUAGUCCAGCAUGGUUAUUGGCAGCGAGCUCAAAGUCUCUUCUAUCAGGCGAUGAUCAAGGCAACACAGGGCACGUAUAAUAACACUGUUCCGAAAGCAGAAAUGUGCCUUUGGGAAGAGCAGUGGCUUUCCUGCGCAUCUCAGUUAAGCCAGUGGGAUGUCUUGGCUGAUUUUGGCAAAAGUGUGGAAAAUUAUGAAAUUUUGCUCGAUUGCCUUUGGAAAGUACCUGACUGGGCAUAUAUGAAGGAGAAUGUGAUCCCUAAAGCUCAGGUUGAGGAGACACCUAAGUUGCGUUUAGUGCAGGCCUUCUUUUCUCUUCACGAUCGAAAUGCCAAUGGUGUUGGCGACAUAGUUUCAAAGGGUGUUGAGCUUGCGCUAGAAAAUUGGUGGCAAUUGCCUGAAAUGUCUGUCCAGUCAAGAAUGCCUCUACUACAACAGUUUCAGCAGCUAGUUGAAGUACAAGAGUCAGCUAGAAUACUUGUGGAUAUUGCAAAUGGGAACAAACAACCUUCAGGAAAUUCGGGUUCCAAUUCUCACAAUGCCUUCGCUGAUCUCAAGGAUAUCCUCGAGACAUGGAGACUACGGACUCCGAAUGAGUGGGAUAAUAUGACUAUCUGGUAUGAUCUACUCCAAUGGAGGAAUGAGAUGUACAAUGCUGUAAUAGAUGCAUUUAAGGACUAUGCUCAAACAAAUCCUCAACUUCAUCAUCUGGGUUAUCGAGACAAGGCUUGGAAUGUGAAUAAGCUCGCCCACAUAGCUCGCAAGCAAGGACUCCAUGAUGUCUGUGUAUCUAUACUUGAUAAGAUGUAUGGACAUUCUACCAUGGAAGUUCAGGAAGCUUUUGUUAAAAUAAGAGAACAAGCGAAGGCUUAUUUGGAAAUGAAAGGCGAACUCAUUAGUGGGCUUACUUUAAUUAACAAUACAAAUCUUGACUACUUCCCUGUGAAGCAUAAAGCAGAAAUAUUUCGUCUCAAAGGCGACUUUUUGCUAAAGAUGAAUGAUUGUGAGAAUGCAAAUAUUGCUUAUUCCAAUGCAAUAAGCCUUUACAAACAUUUGCCAAAAGGGUGGAUCAGCUGGGGAAACUAUUGCGAUAUGAUUUAUAAAGAAACACAUGAAGAGGUAUGGUUGGAAUAUGCCGUCAGCUGCUUCUUCCAAGGCAUCAAGUAUGGCGUGUCAAACUCAAGGGGCCAUCUAGCUCGAAUUUUAUAUCUUCUUAGCUUUGAUACGCCGAAUGAAACCGUGGGAAGGGCAUUGGAUAAAUAUCUUGACCAAUUGCCUCAUUGGGUUUGGCUUUCAUGGAUACCACAGCUACUGCUCUCCUUGCAGCGAAGUGAAGCACCGCACUGCAAGCUAGUUCUUUUAAAGAUUGCUCAAGUUUAUCCACAGGCCUUAUAUUAUUGGCUACGCACGUAUUUAAUGGAGCGACGUGAUGUUACUCAUAAAGCUGAAUAUGGAAGAAAUUUUGCCCUGGCCCAACGCAUGCAGCAAGCUGCAUCAGUAAACAGUGCUGGCUCUCAAAACUUGGUUGAUGGGAAUGCCAGAGCCCCUAAUCAUCUUAGCAGCGGUAACUUAACGCCUGAAAGCCAGGUUCACCAAGGAGGGGCCCAGUCGGCAGGUGGUUCUAGCGGCCCUCAUGAAGGAGGGAACUCUCAAGGGCAAGAGACUGAGAGGUCUGCGGCUGAAGGAGGUGCUGGUACUACUAGCCAUGAUCAACCUCCACAGAGCUCAGUUGCUUCAGAAGGAAGCCAAAUUCCUUUGAGACGGAGUGGCGGCGCUGGUGCUCUUUCUUGGGUUGCUGCUGCUGCUAGUGCCUUCGAGGCUGCGAAGGACAUAAUGGAGGCUCUUAGAAACAAGCACAAUAAUUUGGCUAACGAGCUUGAGUAUUUACUUUCUGAAAUUGGUUCGAGAUUUGUCACUCUUCCUGAGGAACGGCUCUUGGCUGUGGUCAAUGCAUUGCUGCACCGAUGCUACAAGUAUCCAACAGCCACCACUGGUGAGGUCCCACAAUCUCUGAAGAAGGAGCUCUCUGGCGUUUGCCGAGCCUGUUUUUCACAAGAUGCCGUGAACAAGCAUGUCGACUUCGUGAAGGAAUAUAAGCAGGACUUUGAGCGUGAUCUCGAUCCUGAAAGCACAGCUACUUUCCCAGCUACUCUGGCUGAAUUGACGGAACGAUUAAAGCACUGGAAGAAUGUUCUCCAGAGCAAUGUUGAAGACAGGUUCCCUGCUGUCUUGAAACUCGAAGAAGAGAGUAAAGUAUUGCGUGAUUUUCAUGUGGUUGAUGUGGAGGUUCCGGGACAGUAUUUCACUGACCAGGAAGUUGCACCUGACCAUACCAUAAAGUUAGACAGAGUAGGCCCGGAUAUUCCAAUUGUACGGAGACAUGGGAGUAGCUUCCGGCGAUUGACGCUCAUAGGCUCUGAUGGUUCUCAGCGACAUUUUAUUGUUCAGACCUCCUUAACUCCGAAUGCUAGAAGUGAUGAACGUAUGCUCCAGCUAUUCCGGGUGCUGAACAAGAUGUUUGAUAAACACAAGGAAGCAAGGCGGCGCCAUUUGACUAUCCACACUCCAAUAAUAAUUCCUGUUUGGUCACAGGUUCGGAUGGUGGAGGAUGAUGUGAUGUAUAGCACAUUCCUCGAGGUGUACGAGAUUAAUUGUGCACGCCACAACCGGGAAGCUGAUACGCCUAUCACUAAUUUCAAGGAACAGCUCAACCAAGCCAUCUCAGGGCAAUACCCACCUGAAGAAAUAGUAAAUCUACGUCUACAGGCGUAUAACGAAAUAACAAAGAAUGUUGUCAAUGACAAUGUCUUCUCUCAGUACAUGUACAAAACUCUACCAAGUGGGAACCACCUCUGGACCUUCAAGAAGCAAUUUGCCAUCCAGCUGGCACUUUCAUGCUUUAUGUCGUACAUGCUGCAGAUUGGUGGAAGGUCCCCAAACAAGAUCCUGUUUGCUAAGAACACUGGAAAGAUAUUCCAGACUGAUUUUCAUCCAGCUUAUGAUCCGAAUGGAAUGAUUGAGUUCAACGAACCAGUUCCGUUUAGAUUGACGCGUAACAUGCAAGCUUUCUUUUCACAUUUUGGCGUCGAGGGCCUUAUUGUCUCUGCCAUGUGUGCUGCAGCUCAGUCUGUAGUUUCACCUAAACAAACUCAACACAUCUGGUAUCACCUAGCCAUGUUCUUCCGAGAUGAAUUACUAUCUUGGUCCUGGAGGAGGCCACUUGGUAUCCCCUCUGUACCGGUCGCUGCGGGAAUGAUCAACCCUCUGGACUUUGAACAGAAAGUGACGACUAAUGUGGAGCACGUUAUCAGCCGGAUCAAAGGAAUAGCACCACAGGUUCUCUCGGAAGGGGAAGAGAAUGCGACGGAACCGCCACAGUCGGUACAAAGAGGCGUGACGGAACUGGUGGAAGCGGCAUUGUCCCCCAGGAACUUGUGCAUGAUGGACCCGACUUGGCACCCGUGGUUCUAGCUUUUGCCUAAUUUACUUAAAUCACCCUCUUUUCUGCUUAAGCUUUCCUCGUAAAUAUUUGUACAUAACAAGAAGCUAACAACAAACAAACGGGAUUACCGUAGUUUUAAGGGUAACGUAAUCGGGCGCCGUCCAAAAUUUUGUACAAAAGUAGGUACAAGAGGAUGAUGCUAUUUAUGUGUGUUCUAUGACGGAUGUUAAUCAAUUAUUAUUAUUAUUUAUCACAUGAUUUUGCCUGCU